GACACAUUUGAAAAGAAUAGACUAUCGGGGAGCCAUAGCAGCUUCUACCACAACUCUACAAUGCCGGAUUCCACUGAAGAAUUUGAGCCCUUGUUCGAUUACAGCCGCGUUCAGCCUCUCAAUUUCGUGUGCCUCGAAGAUGAUGAUGAUGCGGAUGCAUCUCCAGCUUUCUUCCCAAAACGGAGGAAGAUUUCCGAACCUGUUGUUGUUGAGGAUGUGGAGGAAAAUGCGAAGGUCAUACAAAUCGGGGACGGUGACAAAAAGGACGAUUUGGAUUGGCUAGCACCUCCACCAAAGGUUUCGAGGGAUAUUCAGAAGAUUGUUGGAGAGGAUUCUACCAUAACGAAGUUAAGGUUAAAAAAGCAAGAGCUCGUGUCAUUUGCACAAUCAGCUGAAGAUUUGUUGCGAGCUGUGGAGGAGUCUGCAAAAAGAGAACUCGGGAAUUCAAGGCAGUCCUCUCUGGAGGCUGUCUCUGACCAACCAUCAAAGCCUUCCUGUGAAAGAGUUAAGAUAGUUAUUUCUAUUCAGGACAAGGAUGGGCUGAAACAAUUUCGCAUAUACAUGGAUGACUCCUUUGGGCGGCUCUUCAAAAUGUAUGCAGAUAGAGUUAAGCUGGACAUAGAGAAAUUAGCAUUUAGUUUUGAUGGGGAUAAAAUAAACCCAGCAGCAACCCCUGAUGGCCUUGGUAUGGAGGAUAAUGACAUUAUCGAGGUGCAUGUUAAGUCGAGCUGAUUGAGGUUUACGCUUCAACCAUGGCAAUAGUUCUUUUCUGUUUGUUGGUUGUGCAAUAUUUGGCCCUGAAUCUUUGGCGCCAUGGAUAUUUCUGAAAUCGCUUGGAAAAACAGUUUUUGCAACAAGCUGAAGCGGCUCAGUCAUGAACAAUAAUUGAGAAAAGAGUGCCAAUUUUCUUAUUUGGCCCUGUAUUUAUUGAAACUUUUUUUUUUGGGAUAACUCGCUUGAGCUUUUUUGUCAUGGAUUCAUGCAACAAUUGCCUGUGCAGAUGUUCUAGUGCAAUAAAUUCCCAUAUUGUUUC